AUGCAAGAAAAGCCACUGAUGGACCAAAAAAGGAGAAGACGCAAGACCAUAAAAUCGUGUACUUUCUGUCGACAACGCAAGUUGAAAUGCGACCAGAAAAGACCCAUGUGUGGGGCCUGUAUGGCUAGAAAACUGCCUGAGUGUGUAUAUACGAGCGGCUUCAACUUCCAGCUGACGUCGGACGAGCUGUUCAGCAAACAGCCAAACGUGGCACUACUUCGUCGAAUCAAAGAGCUCGAGGAAACACUAGACAAAUCAACACUUGAAGAAGAACCCGCUGUAGAAACUGACGUUGGCAGCAGCAGCAGCAACGGAAACAGCACAAACACAUCAGAGCGAGAUCCAGACUCGGUGGCUUCCACUACAGACAUCGGCAGCAGUGGCAACUGCAAUACCGUCCAAAGCGAUGCCUCUGCUGUGCCCACCGCCAACGACGGUAUAAGCACUCAGCUGGAAGCAUCCAGCUAUCAAAAUCCCAUCAUGGAGGGCCAAAAAAGAAACCUGAGCGAUUUCUACGUAUUGCGGGAAAAGGACGGGCGUUUUAUCUAUUACGGGCCCACUUCCAUCAGAGCUAUAAUCACUGCGUCAGGCGACCGUUUCGUGGCCGAAUAUGUCAAGGUUUGGCGCAAAGUAAAAUCAGAGCUCGAUGCUUGGAAAAAUGUGCACGGUGGUCUGCUUACUAUGGACUACAGCUCACUCGAAUAUUCAGGCUCCGGAAGCUUGAUUAAUUCCAUCUUACCUGAUCUACCGCAUUACGAGAUUAUUCGAAGCAGACUGGAGGAGUUUUUCGACGAUCCCUUGCAUACCUACUAUCAAUUCUUGGAUAAAGACAAAGUGAUUCACGAUUUUGAAGUUUGUUUCAUACCCGGCUACAUUGCUCUUAAAGGCAAUGACAAUGUGCCUAGGCGACCAGUUGCCUUGCUGCUAACGGAAAACAAACAAAAUUUCUUCAACAUUGGUAUCGUACUAAUGAUCCUCAGUCUAAUACAUUUCAAAAAGAAUAUUCCUGCCUCUUUUCAAAGACUGAGCAUCUCCUUGUUGGGAUUCACAACCGCUAAAUCCGUUUAUGUUGAAAGAGCACAGUUCCUACUUCUAAUGUGCAUGCUCCGAAUGUAUAGCGGUCUCAGUGGCAGUGGAUGUUCUCAUUUGGUCUCUCUGUCAAGUCUGCUGUGUUCCACGUCCAUGAGCUUGGGUUUGCACAAAGAUAUCAAAACGCUGUACCAAAAUCAAACUUCAUUCGUGGGAUCAAUUUCUUCUUUGGAGAACGUUUGGUAUUGGACGCUAUUUGUCGAUUUAAACGUAUCUUUCGACAUUGGGUCUCCCGCGACUAUCACCUCAGCCCAUUAUGAUGACACUAAACUGCUUACUUCUGAGAUUGGACGCAUUCCGCUACUCCGUAAUUUUCUUUUUGUUGGGAGAAAAUGCAUGCGAGCGUUAUAUGACCCUGUGAAUAGACCACCAUUGAUGACCUUAGUAUCACAGAUGACCGACUUUAUCCAAAAUCAUUUUAGGCAAGUGAAAUAUUAUACCGAUUCUUCGCUUAUUUCGCAAGUUGAUCUCUUCGACAUCAUGAUACUGUCGCCAACGUUAGCCAUGAUGACUAACUUCUAUGAUUUGACAAGAGUAUCACGAGAGGUCAUAACCAUAGCGAUGAAGAACGGUUUCAUGAAGUCUAUGCUAAUAGGCACAGCGGUCUCGGUAAAUACAAUUUUGAGAUGUUUCAAGUCCGACGAAGAGCAGAUUUCAACUUCGCAGCUUCACCAAAGUAAGGUACUGACCCCUUGGCUGAACCUAUGCGUCUUGCUGCUUGGUUCGCUUCCAAUUCGAAUGCUGACAGAAAUGUAUGGUCUGAUGUUUUACAAGAUUACGUUAUUUGAGAAAGGUCUCAUAGUAUCCAUAGAAGACGGCAGCAUGGAAGGGCCAUCGCUGGACGACCUUUCUGUUUCAGGUGAGUCGUUCACAUCUUUCCGCGGCAACUUUAGAACGUUUUGUUCAAUCUUCGACGAGCUUUGGAAGCCUGAACAUACACGGCUGACACACAUGUUAUGGAACUCACAUUAUUUUGUUAUCAUGAUGGCCCUGGAACGUGUGAACCGUACAGUCUUUGAAAUGGGCUUAGACAGUAGAACAAGGGUCGAAGUGACCCACAAUUGGUCAUCGGUAGGAAAUGACGAGGUACCUGACGACGUUGUAAAAAUGUUGGCCGACGAAGUGUGGAACAGUUACAGUAAUGGUUUCACCGAUCUUAUCGAGAUGGACGCGGGUGAUUUUCUAACAGAUUUCGACAUGCUUGCAGGAGACCAAGCGUGA